AUGGAUAAUUCUAAAUCGAAAUAAAAUUAACAAGUAGAGCCUUUAAGACCUUGCUGUGCAUGUCCAGACACAAGAAAACUAAGAGAUGAAUGCAUAGUUUCUUUUGGAGAAGAAAAAUGCUCAAAGGAAAUUGAAAACCAUAAACUUUGUUUGAAAAAACUUGGAUUUGAAUGA